AUGCCCCCAGAACGACAAGGCCAGACACGAAAGCGCGCGUCGCCGAGCUCUGCCUCACCACAAAAACCAGAGUCGAAGAACAAGAAGACGAAGAAUACUGGUAUCAACAAACGGAAGAAAGAGUGGAAAGAGCUCAUCGCAUGUCGUGGCCCUCGGAGGAUCGACGGCACCUUUAAGCAUGCUGCUUAUACAUGCACCGUUACCGCCACGAACGCAGUGAAACACUAUCAUCUGACGAGGGACGAGCUAGCAACAUUGCCCUACGAGAGUCGUGACUCCAAGAACAUCAAGCAACACCAGUUUAUGCGGCCUAUGAAGCUGUACUCUCACGAAGCUCUCUUCGACCUUGCGCGGGAGAAAAGCUUGUUCAUCGGUACUCCUCUUAUCAUUGGUAUCGAGGAGUAUGUCGGCGACCCCGGGCCGGCGGCGGAAGGCCGUCCUACAGUGACGAUUCUCCGGGUGAAGCUGUCCGACUUGCCGAGGUGGUUGAGGAUCGAGAAGGACCCGCAGCCGCCACCUCUCAAGAUACCAACGUAUGAGCGGGUCACGAGCGGAGAGAAACCGGACCCAGAGAGGAUUUGCUGGAAGCCAUCCCAUGUGACUAAUGUGGUCUCGGUUGGGGAUGCUUGUCGGCUUUAUUGUAUUGAACCACACGUCAUCAACGAUCUUGCAGCUGCGUCGCAGUGGAUUGAUGUCGAGACAGUCGCACGAAGGGCCGUCACGCUGCAUGGCGGAUUUCAUGCUCAUUAUGACCAUGUCCGUCAAUGCCGCGAACGUGAGGAGAAGGAACUCGAAGCCGAAUAUAAGGCUAGAUUUCCUUAUGAUCAUGGAGAAUGGAAGAGUCACUUCCAGUGGUCAACGCAUAUGCAACAAUACUCGAGAUGGAUGGAGAAGCAAGACGACGACUUCUACUACAGCGGCUAUUACAGCGGUCCCAGUCGCAAUAGUCGCAAUGUAGUUGCGGUCCUCUAUCCACUCUACCAGGUGGAUUUCGAUGGCGGCGAUUUCACGAGUGAUUGGCAAUGGGCACCUGGCUGGGACGAAUUCUGA